AUGACCGACUCGCACAACAUCGACGAAUACUACAACGUCGCCGAGGAACUAGUUCUAAAAGCAGGAAAAAUAAUAGAGUCUGCCAUUAAUUUAAACAAAAAUGUAAAAAUUAAAAGGAUCGAUUGGGAUCUUGUCACAGAAUACGAUCAAAAAAUAGAGGAUGAUUUACAGAAACAAUUAUCAGAAAUAUAUCCAAAGCACAAGUUUAUUGGUGAAGAAACGACUGCGAAAGAAAGUUGUUUACCAAAGCUGACCAAUGAUCCAACGUGGAUCAUAGAUCCUAUAGAUGGUACAACAAAUUUCGUACAUCGAUUUCCACAUACGUGUAUCUCUUUGGCGCUACAUAAUAAAAAAAUAGAAAUUGGGAUGGUGUAUAAUCCUCUAAUGAGACAAUUCUUUUCUGCAAAAAGGCAGAAAGGAGCUUUUCUAAAUGGACAUCCUAUAAAAACAUCGGACGUUACAGAUCUAUCUCAAACAUUAAUUGCAAUGGAACCAUGGAUUGCCAAAGAUUCAAAUUAUCUCGUCACUGUAUAUAGUAGAAUGCAUGCUUUAAUUCAAGGGACUCACGGAAUAAGAUCAUUAGGCACUGCUGCUCUUACGUUAUGUUAUGUUGCAAUGGGUGCAAUAGAAGCAUAUCAUAUCGAAAGUAUAGAUGCUUGGGAUGUUGCUGCUGGGAAACUGAUAAUAGAAGAAGCUGGAGGAACGGUAAUAGAUACGGCUGGGGGAGAAUUAAAUUUAAUAAAACCGAGAGUUAUAGCAGCUUGCAACCAUCAGAUUGCUGAUCAGCUGGUCGAUCUCUUUAAGCGUGCCGAUUUAAAAGCUAUCGAUAGAAAUUUAACAUAAACCUUUUUAAGUUAGAUAAUACCAUUAAGAUGUAAAAAGCUAUUUCAGGGAAUUGAGAUUUAUCCUCUUUUAACCCUUGUGUAGACAACCAAGUACCUGGGUACUCAUUUGUACAUCUCUUGUAAUAAUUUUUUAUGACCCCGUGAAAAUGUUAUACAACCGUUACAGAUUCCCAUUU